GGUGGAUUCAUUUUGUGUCGGACCGGAAAAUAUUUACCGGAGUCACAUUGAAGAGCUACCAACUUAUACAUGUCCGGUCACUGUACUGUUUUGCAAGGAUAAGUGAGCAGUCAAGGCAUUCCUAAUGACUUCAUGUGAAUGAUCAUCAAAGAUGUUCACCUCUAAAUUCUUAUCUCGUCUGGGUUUAUUACACAGAGCAACAUGCUCACUUCAAACUUGCGGAGAAAUUUUCAGAAGCCCUGUCCAGCGGGUUCUUCCUGCUUACUGCUCUUCAAAUAAAGAGAGAAACUACUCAACAGCAGCAGACAACACAUCUCCUCCUCGAUGGGUUCAGCUUGAGCCAGAACUUGACGAGGCUCUCGUGCCUCGUAAGAUGUCAGUAAGUCCUCUGGAGAGCUGGCUCUCCCUGCGUUACUCUCUGCCCCCUUUGCUGGAAUCUGCUCCGCCACAGGAGGAUUUAGAAGUGCUGGAGGAGAAGGUCCUUCCACCCAUUUUGGUCCCUGUCUUAGAGGAUGGUGAGGGUUCAGUCACACCACUUAAGUGUAAGAAUGAUAUAGAGAUCCGUCGGCGGAAGAUGAAUCGGCAUAAAUACAAAAAGCUGCAAAAAAGGACUAAAUUCCUGAGGAGGAGAGUGCUGGAGGGCAGAGGGAGAAGGAAGCAGAAAAGGUUUGAGGAGGAUCUCAAGAGGAUUUGGACACGUGCUGGACUAAAAAAGGCCCCACAAGGAUGGACGACACCUAAGAUCUUCCUUAAACGGCACGGAAAUAAAUAUAACUGAAAAAUCACACUGUAAUUUGAGUUUGUGUUACCUCCUCCUCACAGAUCAUACACACAAUUGAAAAAAGUCAACCUACUGUCAGCACCUUGCAGCAAAAAGCAUGUUUCACUGAUGACAACAUCAUCUGUGUACAACUGUUUUUUUUUUUAGUACAUUAUCCAAUAAAAACUAUUGAACUAAA